AUGACAACAAACUAUUUUGCUCUUGUGUUAAAUGCGAAAAAAGAAGAACUAACGAAACUUAAACAUCAGGUUGAAUCUUAUGAACAUGAACAUAUCAAUGGAGUCAAUGGUCACGAUCAAUCCGAUGAUGAAAUUGUUCGUUUGGGUCAUCAGAGUGAAACUGAUGACGAACGUUCCAAUGAUGCAUUUGCUAAUCUACGUGCGCGCAGUCGAUCACCUAUGCAUACAACGACAAUGACAACUUUGAACGAUGGUGAUUCAAAGCGUUUGAAACAUGCUAUGAGUGAUACAGACACAAGCGGAGACGAAGAUCAAUACAUGGAAGAUGAAGUUCACGAAAUUCAAAUACCAAUUCGUUCAGGGACUCAAUCGCGAACAAACGUUGAUCGAAAUCAAGAUAAUAUGCUUGAUUUAGGUGAUGAUCAUAUGGAUUAUAAACGAUCAACGAUUAGUAAACACCACCAACGACGAAAAUAUGUUACUGGUGUCAAUUCAAUAUCAACUCGAUCAUAUCUCAAUCAUUCUGGUGCUGGUAUUCCGCCAACACUGACAACUCCAUCAUUACCUGAAGAAUCUCAAACAACUGAUGAACUAUCAAUUCGAAUGAGUGACACAUCGGAGACAUACGCAUGUCCUGCAUGUACCUUCGUACAGUCGAUAAAACGACCAACAUGUGAAGUGUGUGAAAGCGCUAAUCCACACUUCGAUAAUGAUUCUUAUCAAGCUGACGAAGCUUUAGCCAAAGCUAUAGAAGAUCCUCCUAAAGAUGAGAAAGUUGUUGAAUGUGCACAUUGUCAUUAUAUCAAUAUUGGCCAUCAUAUUCGAAUUUGUGGAGGUUGUCAAAAUUCUCCGUACAAGAUGAAUAUUGAUUUUAUGCAACUAUUGCAAAAUCUCAAUAUGAAUCUUUUUGCCAAUAUAGACAAUGAAAGUAUUGGAGAAGAAGCUGACGAUGAUGAUGGAGAUCCGGGAAUGGCAAGUGGAGCAUUGGGUCCGGUAGAGAAAGGAAUCAAUGAUGAUGAGCUAGAGCCGUAUUUCAAUCGAUAUAUCUUACUGAUGAAAGAUCAACGGAAAAAUCAACAGACAUUAAAAUUAGAAAAUUUAUAUCAAUACAUCAUUGAACUCUUCAAUUCAUUGGAAUAUAAAAACAAUCAAUCUAAAGGCCAAUUAACGUUCACCACUUGUCAAAUUUGUUUGGAGGAAAAUUUACCGAUGGUUACAAUGAAAAAUUGUGGUCAUUGUGUUUUGUGUGCUGAUGAUUUCAAUCAGUAUUUAAGCAGUCGUAUUCGUGCUGGAGAUAUUCUUCCAUGGAUUCCUUGUCCUGCUGAAUCAUGCUCUGUUCCAUGUCAUGCGGAUAAUAUCGUAAGAGAUGGUCAGUUGACUUAUUCGGACUUGUUGAUCUUUCUUACGGAAUUCAUGUUUAAAAAAUUAUGUCGUAAUCCGAAUUUUAUCACGUGUACCAAUUGUCACAAAGGUGGUUUUAUUCAAUUGGGUCCACCGAAAAAGGAAACUGUGUCAUGUCAAAUAUGUGAUAAACAACAGGAGAUAGAAAAAGGAUCAGGUGGUGAUUUAGACACCGGCUUCCAACAGAUGAUUCAAUCAGGACAAAUACGCGAAUGUCCAACAUGUCGUCAUUUGACUUUGAAAGAGAAAGGCUUGUGUAAUAUAAUCGAAUGUGCAAAAUGUGGCAUUUGGUGGAAUUGGAACACACGAGAACAAGGCCACAAUGGAUCUGAUUUGAAACAACGUGCGCGAGUCAAUGGAACACUGUGGGAACCUGGUGAGUUACGUUAUCAACGAGAUUUAGAACGGAAUAAUCCGGAAGAAUUCAAAGCUUUGUUAGAAAGAAAUGAUAAAAUGUACUCUAUAGCAAAACAACCUGAACAGUGCGUCGAGUGUAAUGAACCUAACGCUAAAGAUGGAUGGUUUAUCUGUCAAGAAUGCCAACGAAUAUUUUGUAAUCAACACUGUAUUAUACAUCGACAUGAGCAAUUAAGAAUAGAACCAACUGAACGAUACAAUCGUCAUAUACAUUUCGAUCAAAUUGCUGAAUGGGAACGAAAAGCAAUCGAUAGAAUUCGAAAACAGGCUGAUGAAGCUCGUCGACCAUUGAUCGCUCCGCCUACACCGAUUAGUCAAACAUUACCUUCACCCACUCUUGUCAAUGAACAUUCUUCCGGCCCAUUCUCACGUUUCCUAUCAACAUCGUCAACUUUCGAUAAACAAUCACCAGUGAUCGAUCAAUUCGAAUUGUUAUCUGAUGAAACAUUGGAUGAUCUUAUUGGAGAUAUCCCUUCAACUUCACCGCCCAAUGAGAACAGUCUUUCGGGACACGUUUCAUUUGCUAGCCAAUAUCCAUACAUGACUGGUGUGCAUCGCCUUCGUCUCUCGAUCGACCAAUUUCAAAGUGCAUCAUCUUGGGCAUUCGUUGGGAUUAUGUCUGAAGGAAUACCCAUGGAAAGCACAGAUAGAUUUAGGAGAACCUCAUUUGGCUGGCAUUUAGGUCGACAAUCGAUUGUUUACAAUCGUCAAUCAGUGACAGACCACAAGUAUGAUGGUCGUGAUAUUCGCUCGAGUGAUAUUUUAGCCAUAGUUAUUGAUUGUAACAACAAUCAAAUCGAUAUGAAAAAUGAAAGAACACUAAACACUCAUCAGAUUCGUAUUGAUAGUCAAUUUUGUCCGUUUCCUUGGUUCUUUGUGGUCAAUUUUAACUACGGAAAUAAGGACUCUAUGCACCUGUUACAAUAG